AUGUCUCCUUCACCCGCGCCCAUACUCAACUACAUGGACGAUGGUUCCGCUGCUCACACCGCGGCUCUGCAGGAGAAGAUAGACAAGUUGGAUUGUGGUUCGUUCAGCGACGUGUCCGGCGCAACGUCGUGCUGCACCUGCUGCUCCGGCUUCUACCAGGAUCAGACGGGCCAGACGUCGUGCACGAUCUGUCCUGCCGAGGGAAGCUUUGCACAAGGCUACUCCGACCCCGGUGCGACCGACGUUGACCAAUGCACUGCGCAAGCCGGCGCCGUCGCCACUUGCGACCAGGACACCUCCACUGGCACUUGCCGUAAGCGAUUUCCACUUCCCGUUCCUUAUCCGAAUCUUCGUACAUGA